GCGAGACAUGAAGUGUGUGUGUGGGUGGGUGGGUGCGUUCAAAGGGAGGUUUAGUAGUGUUGGUUUUGGCUAUGGCGGUAGCGAGAGCCGUGACCGCCUUGGCUCCUCUGGUCAGAAACCUUGUGUUGGCUUCUCCUCUUAAGCUGUGUCCCAGGGUGCGAAUUUCUACUGUAGUGUUUCCGGCGAGGGGGAAUUUGGUACAGCUGCCAUGGCGUGGAACUUGCGAGAAGUGGCGGUGUUUGAGCUCUUCCAAGGCGGAUUCCAGCGAACGCAUGCCGGCGCGGUUGGCACAGAAGCAGCAGGAGUUGGAUGCAUUGCCAGAGUACGAGGAUUUGGAUGUGCCCGUGCCGAAGGUCACGUUGGACCAUGUGACGGUGAGCUUCGCCAGGAGUGGAGGAGCGGGUGGGCAGAAUGUGAAUAAGGUGAACACGAAAGUGGAUAUGAGGUUUAAUGUGAUGCAGGCAGAGUGGCUUCCGUUGAGGAUUCGAGAGAAGCUGCUGAUUACGGAGAAGAAUCGGGUGAACAGCGACGGGGAGUUGGUUAUCUCGUCCACCAGAACGAGGACGCAGAAGGGGAACAUUGAGGAUGCUUUGAGUAAGCUUCAGCAAUUGAUCGACGCUGCAUCGUAUGUGCCGCCCCCGCCGUCGAAAGAGAAGCUUAAGCGGAUCGAGAAAUUGGCUAAGGCUGACAAUGAGAGGCGUUUGAACGACAAGAAGAAGGCUGGUUCCAAGAAGGCUGAUCGCCGCAACAAGGGGAGCUGGGAUUGAAGGGCCUUUUCUUUUACGCAGCAAAUGCGCCGAUUACAGCAAUCUCGCGGGACAUUUUUGUUUCUAGCGAUUCCUUCCUGACACACAUGAGAGCAUUCAUGUAGAGGCGUAUGUAAGGGUUCACGGUUUGUUUAGGUCUCAGAAAUGGCAAUAGCAAUUGUGUUCCUUGGUCUUGUUAGAAAAAUUCAACAAUCGUGUGCUCAAUUGUUACCGUCAAUUUAUGCCGUUGACUGGAGGAGUUAGUCAUUUAGUUCUGUCCGCAAGGAGCAUUCGUCAGAUUACUCCUGGAUGUCUCGAGAAUGCGUAUUGGCACUUAUUUUCGUCGAAGGUCCUCUUCAAUGUAUUCUUAGCCUCAUCUGGCAAUUUUAUUUUUCGAAGGAAAAGAAUUCCUUGAAACAUUCGGUGGGAAUUGCCGUCAUGUUUUGAGCAUUGGUACAUAAA